AUGAAGGCACAAGAUCUUCCAAAAUUCAGUGAUAUGCCAGCCGUAAAAGGCAUGCCUCAUGGCACGGCCUGGGGUCUUUGGGACAAGAAUGGAGAACGUGAUAGCUGUGGUUCUCUAAACCUCCUGACACCCGAAAACACAAUCGCAGCUCAAAAAGAGAUCAAAUCAGGAACAGGAGUUGCGCUCAAUUGGGAUCUCGAAUGCGUUCACGAGCCUGGAUUCGCUCGAGAAAAGCCAAAGCAUGAACUCAAGGAUCUUCGGAGUAUGGGAUUUGUGGCCUUUGACGAUUUGAUUCAUAUCAACACCCAAUCUGGAUCUCAAUGGGACGGGUUCAGACACUGGGCGCACCAGGAGACUAAACUAUUCUACAAUAACCUUACAGCGGAUGAGAUUGUUGACGAGAAAAACAAUGAAAAGAAUGGCAUUCAUCAAUGGUCCCGCCGUGGUGGGAUUGUAGGACGUGCAGUUUUCAUCGAUUACGUCGCUUAUGCUGAACGCCACAACAUCAAAUACUCUCCAGUCGAGCGCCAUGAGAUUACCGUCAAGGAGAUCGAAGAGUGUGCAAAGGAGCAGGGCGUUGAAUUCAAGCCGGCAGAUAUUCUGGUGGUGAGAAGCGGGUGGAUAAAAUGGUACAACAGCGCGAGCACUGAGGAGAGAGUGGAGAAAGGGAAGAAUGGCCACGAGUUCGCUGGUGUAGGGGGAAAUGAGGAGAGUGUUGAGUGGCUUUGGGAUCAUCAUUUUGCAGCGGUAGCGGGGGACGCGAUAGCCUUCGAAGCUUGGCCACCUAAGGCUCCUUACAGACUCCACGACCACUUCCUUGCGCAAUGGGGUACACCGAUCGGCGAGCUCUGGAAUUUAGAGGAACUAUCAGAAGUUUGCGCAAGGGAGAAGAAAUAUUCUUUCUUCUUGACGAGUGCUCCAUUGAAUGUCCAUGGUGGAGUAGCCAGCCCACCGAAUGCUUUGGCCAUUCUUUGA